ACCCAGUCAGUAGCAAAAAAACCGUACAGCUUUCCAACAAUCAAAUACCAAUGGCAAUGGCGAACUAGGGCACAGAAAUCAGCGAAGAAAUCAGGCCUAGGGUUAGGGUUUCCAAUACCAGCUUCAAUGUCUAGUUACGACGACGAUGGCGAUCGGUAUUCCAGCAGAGGAGGUGAUCGUGGUCAUGGAGGAUCGUCACCGUAUCGUCACAAGCACAAAUCUCGUGAAUCAACCCAUGAGAGGUCGAGGGAAAAAGAAUGGAACCGGGACCGUUAUUCCGGGGACUACAAAGAGAGAAAUGAGAGGGACAAUAGGGGAAGGCACAAAAAUAGUUAUGGUCGUUCCAUGAAUCGCGAUUAUGAAAGGCAUCGUGAUUAUGAUCAAGAUAGAGAGAGGCAUCAUAGACAUAGAUCACGUUCCCGAUCAAGUGAAAAAUUUAGGAAGAGAUCUAGAUCUAGAUCUCGUUCUCGUUCUCGUUCUCGUUCACGCUCUCCUUCCAAAAGCAAGCGAACGAGUGGUUUUGACAUGGCACCACCUGUUCCUUCCUUCUUGCCUGGUGGUGCAGUCCCAGGUCAAUUGCUAGGUGUCCCUCAAACAAUGCCAGGAAUGCUCCAAAACAUGCUUCCUUUUGGGACAACACAGGUUAAUCAACUGGGAGCUCUUUCCAUGAUGCCAUUCCAAGCCAUGACUCAACAGGCAACAAGGCAUGCACGCCGAGUUUAUGUUGGCGGUCUCCCUCCUCUAGCAAAUGAGCAGACAAUUGCAACAUUUUUUAGCAGUGUUAUGGCUACUAUAGGAGGAAAUUCUGCUGGUACAGGUGAUGCAGUUGUCAAUGUGUACAUUAAUCAUGAAAAGAAGUUUGCAUUUGUGGAGAUGAGAACUGUUGAAGAAGCAAGUAAUGCAAUGGCGUUGGAUGGUAUUGUAUUUGAGGGGGUGUCUGUGAGGGUUCGAAGACCUACAGACUACAACCCUACAUUAGCUGCAGCACUUGGUCCUAGCCAAGCAAACCCUCACCUUAACUUAGCUGCUGUUGGACUUGUACCUGGCAUGGUUGGCGGAGUUGAGGGACCUGAUCGUAUCUUUGUUGGUGGCUUGCCAUACUACUUUACUGAAGCACAGAUACGAGAAUUGCUGGAGUCAUUUGGACCUUUGCGUGGGUUUGACCUCGUGAAGGAUAGAGACACUGGAAAUUCCAAAGGAUAUGGUUUCUGCGUCUAUAAGGAUCCUGCUGCAACGGACAUUGCUUGUGCUGCUCUUAAUGGCUUAAAAAUGGGGGAUAAGACUCUAACUGUCCGGCGCGCUACCAUGAGUAAUGAGGUGGUAAACACAGAACAUGAAAGUAUAUUAUCUCAGGCACAACAACAUAUAGCUUUGCAGAAAAUGGUCUUGCAAGCUGGUGGUGUGAAUCUUCCUGGAGUAGGGACAGGACCCACAACAACUGCAGAGACUCCAACCAAAGUUCUAUGCUUGACUGAGCUAAUUACUGCUGAUGAACUGAUGGAUGAUGGAGAGUACGAGGAAAUUUUAGAGGACAUGAGGGAAGAAGGGGAGAAAUUUGGAGUCUUGGUGAAUGUCAUUAUUCCCCGCCCGUCACCUAAUGGAGGAGAGCAGGUCCCAGGUGUUGGAAAGGUGUUCUUGGAGUAUUCUGAUGCCACUAGUUGUGCCAAGGCAAAGGAUUCGCUUAGUGGCCGGAAAUUUGGGGGCAAUGUUGUGACUGCUGUGUAUUAUGCUGAAGACAAAUUUUACGAUAGAGACUAUAGUGCUUAAGCUCUUUUCAUUAUUAUUAUUACUCAUCUUACUAUAGAGUUUUAGAAGGUUAUUGCUGCGUGUUGUAUGAAUAGCAGCUUUCACUUUACCCGUUCAUUUAUAAACUCGUAUAUUUGAUUCUUUCAACUAUAAAAAUGUGUAACUUUUUAUAUCUGCAGACCACCUCCACAAUGGGUGUAUUUAUACAAUUUUCAUAAUUAAAGGAGUCAAUAUGUAUUGAUUCAUAAAUGAAAGAUAAAGUGAUAUUCGUUAAUA